AUGUGGGCAGAAAGAGCUGAAGGGAUGAGAGAAACUGAUCUAUUAAAAGAAAGGGAAUUAGAUCCUCUAAGAAGUCGUUGGAAACGAAUAAAUGCUAGUGUAUCGAAAUUUGUUGGUGCAUUUGCUCAAGCAGAGUCAAGGAGAAAAAGUGGUGAAUGCGAUGAUGAUGUUAUGAAGACAGCUUAUGCUAUUUACAAGAGUGACAACAAGCCUCACCAUAGGGAUUUUAAUGACCGACAUUGUUGGGAAAUUCUUAAGAGUUGUGAUGUAUGGAAGCCUUAUGGGGAUAUUGUUAACAAGUGCAAGAAGAAGGCAACAACUCAAGAAAGUGGUUCAAAGAGGUGGAGGAUUAAUGAAACAGGAAAUUACUCCACUUCAACUGACCCAAAUACACCAACUAGUGGUGAUAUAGGGUGUUCUGUCCAAACACCAAGCGAUGGGUCCACAAAAAAUAAGGGAAAGGGAAAAGUUGUGAACAUGCCAUCAGAAGCAUUCCAACAAUGGGUGGAUAAUAUUGAGAAAAUAAAUUUAUCAAAAAAUUUAGAAACUGAAAUGGAACUAACUAGGCUGAAGUAUGAAAGAGAAUCACAAAUUGAGAGGUUGAAAUUCGAAAGGGAAGCUCAAAAUGAGAGGGUGUUGUUGGAAAAUAGGAAAGUUUCUAUGAAACAAAGGAAGAUCAAUUUGGAAUUAUUCAAAGUGCUUGCAUCAAAGGACUACUUAACUGAAGAAGAGGAAAAUUUAAAGAGUCAUUUAGUGAAAGUUUUAUUUCCAUGA